AAGGCUCAGGCAUGAGGACCCUGGCGUUGCGAACGUGCAAGGCGGAUGUGGUGGUGGGGUUGAAGAAGGGAGAAGAUGAGCGGCUUCGGGCUACGGAGGGUGGAGGGGGAGACUCAGGUGCGCGGAAGUGGGCGUGGAGUGGAAAGUGGGCGGUGGUUCAGUUCUGCGAUGGCAAGCAGAAAGCCGCAUAAGUAGGAGUAUUGCCUGUGGGAACGAAUAGAAUUGACUAUGGAUAGAGGGAUGUUUCCAUACCGAUAAGUAAAUAUUCGAAGCGACUCACCACUGGAUUGAUGGCUGAUCUGCACUGUGAUAUCGCUUAGAACAAGUAAAUUUCUUAAGGCAGGUAUUCUUGGCUCACGACGCCCACUUCGUCAUUGGAUAUGCUCAGUCCCGUCCUCAAGUUACCAAUAACGAUAGAGCCAGAUCCUAUACUUUCACGGGGUGUGUGCUUUACGUCUCCAGGAUCUGCGUUGGCUAAUGAUGCCUCUUCCCAGUCGCUUUCGACCCCGACAUUGUCACCACGCAAGGCCGCCAUCUUCUCCCCCACCCCAAUACCCUAACCCAUCUACUUCCCGCGACGGGAUUACCACUCACGCUGGAGGAAGUGUUGCAACUUGCGGUGUUUCAGCAUGCGGCUUGAGUUUAAAGUACGGUGAAGAGGAUGCUAGGGAAUGGCUGCACCGUUAUACUUCCCCCCAUAUUCGACAGAAAUGGAUCGACAAACACAACACAGCUGUAGCUGCGUUGGACUAUUCGUCUGUAUCAUCGGGCUAUUCACCGACACGCAGUCUGGAGCCCACGCGGCGUGGCCAUCGCAACCAUAUUUCGCCCUCAACUCUAGGCGGUGACAUUACGGAUUCCAGCAAUAAGUCCAAGUCGGAAUUCACAAGACAACGGCCAGAGGAGGAUCUUCUCCCAGCGCCGGGGCUGAGAGACGCCUUAACGACCUUGCGGGGGGUAUAAACCGCAAGGUGUCUAUCAAUAAGGCGCGGCACAACUCACAAGGCACCAGGCUGAUCGGAGGAAAAUGUCAACGGCACCAAUGGGCAUAUGAGGGAACCCGCGUCAUAAUAGAAGAGACGGCGCAGAGACCCAAACAAGGACCGCGAUUGCCGACCAGCAAGUAAGCGGGAGCAUGGUUGGAGUACGGCAUUUGGCUCGCUUCAAGAAGCUGAUGGUUGGUUCUGAAACUACUGAUAGUAAAUGCGGGGUUCCCCCGUCUCGUAUGGGAGGGAAAGUAAAAGGCGAUAAGACUCACAAGAGACCGUCGAGCAUCGACUUUAAUUUCUAUAGUUGCGCGUUGUUAAGGAUAAAGAUAAA